AUGGCCACUCUAAGUUUUGAUAACACUCACAAGCGUGCAGUUGGUGAUGUGACAUUUACAUCUCAGAAGAGAGUAUGUCUUGCUCCAGCUUGGGCAAGAACAAACUCAUUUGCUGCACGUUCCGUCUCCUCUUCAUCUUCUUCAGAUGAUGACUCUGAAGAUGAAGUUGGAUACUUGAACAAGCAGAAGAGAGCAAGAAAAAGAGCAUCCUCGAUGAGAAGGGUGUCUAGUGGCUUUAACGAUUCCUUGUUGAACACUGCUGUUUCACAAUACAGCGAUGUCGAUGAAGAUGACCUUAAUGUCAACAAAGUUCAGGAGAUUGGGAAGGAAGAGGAGAAGAUUCCAUCGAUUCCAACUGAGAAGGAGAACUUUAGAACUCAUCGUGAAUCGUUGGCUGGUUUAUCUUCUGACUCAAAGAAUAAGAUUAGAAGAACAGUUGAUUGUGACAAAGUUGCAAGAAACCGUUGCUUCGACUAUUUGGUUUCUGCCAUUGAUGAGGUUUGGGCUCGUUACUGUGACGCUACAUCAUAUGCUGAGGAUGAAGUGUACAAUACAGACGUCUCGUACCAACCUGCUACCCCAGCUUCUAUCGACACAUCCGAGGAUGAAGACGAUGACGAAGACGAAGGUUACAAGUCCGCCUCAACAAACAUCACCGAAUACGAAUCCGACGUUGACGGAAAGAGAGUUUCCGGUCAACCAGGUAGCUUGAGACUUCAACAACUUAAAGAUCGUCUGUUGAAAGCUAAGUACUACCUCCAAGACUUCCUUGAGUCUAACGACUUAGAUGAGGCAACUGCCUUCUGGAAACGUUGGGAUUUGAUAAAGUAUGCAACAAUUGAAUUGGUUGAAGAUGACGAUGACGAUGAAGUUAUCGAAUCAACAACCGAAGACCUUGAAAAGGGUCGCUUGAUUGGUUCAUACUAA